AUGGCCUGGGACUCCCUGUGCAGCCAGGACCUCCUGCGCCCCAAGAUCAGUGGCGCUUCUCGCCGGGCGCCCGGCAGCUGGAGCAGCACCCAAACCCCCGACCUGGAGGAGCUGCGAUGCCUGAGCUGGACACGUACGCACCCCACCGGGCACGUGGAUGAAGUCUGGCCAAACCUUUACGUGGGAGACCUGUACAUUGCUCGUGACAAAGAGCAGCUGAGCCGAAUGGGCAUCUCCCACGUAGUGGAUGCUGCUGCUGGGCGAUUUCACAUCGACACUGGACCGAAGUUCUACAAAGACCUGUCUGUGGAUUACUAUGGAGUAAAAGCAGAAGACAACCCAAACUUUGAUCUCAGCAUUUACUUCUACCCAGUUGCCCGAUACAUAAGAGCAGCACUGAAUUCCCCAAGAGGUAAAGUACUAGUUCACUGCGCAAUGGGAAUCAGCCGAUCGGCAACUCUUGUCCUCGCUUUCUUAAUGAUCUGUGAAGACAUGUCUCUCGCUGACGCAAUCCAGACUGUGCGCUUGCACAGAAGGAUCUGCCCCAACUCUGGCUUCCUCAGGCAGCUUCAGGAGUUGGACCUCCAGUUAGGAAGAGGGAAAGGCAGAGGAGCAGAGGCUUGA